GACAAUUCCGCUUCUCCUUUGAGAUCGGUCACUUUCGUAGGAGGAAAAUUGAGACAGAGAGAGAGAGAGAGAGAGACAGGGAGGGAAAUUGGGUAAUGCACAUCUCUCUCUUUCGGAAUCCGAGUCUUUGUUUUUUUUAUUUGUAUUUGUAGUGAGUAUAUUGAUGAAAGGUGUAGUUUUUCGAAGGAGGAUCUCAGUUUCGAGCAGAGGCGAUUAGAGGUUGAAAGGAGGGAGCUUUUUUGUAUCCAUGCUCCGAUUUUGCUCGAUUAUUUAUCUGUUUGGACUUUCUAUGUAAAAGGGUCGGGUAUUUAUCACAGUAUUCACCCCUGUGAGGUGCUGCUUCUAUUCGUUAAUUUAGUUUUGUCUGGGUGGUAGUUUUUCGUUGGAGCGCAUAUGGUGAGGCGGCAAUUCCUGAUUUGUGAGGCUUCUCCGAGUCCACAUGUGCGUGUUUCUAUCCCUUACAUCUGCUACUGUACUCGCAGCGGGGUUUUAACGCUUCUUUUUUGCUUUUUUCGUCCAUCUUCUCCGUGGGGGGGUAGCUCGGGAUCUUACUUUGUUUGGUUUUGUUUGGAGGGAGAUGAGGGGGGGAGUGCGCUAAGUUAGCUAUUGGUUCCGUUUGCUUGGCUUCUUUCUCUUCCUUUCUGUCAAUUAAAUCAUGAGCCUUUGCGUCGUGCAUGGAAAGGGGAGGAGAUCGAAUCUCCGUUGAGCGUUUCUUUUUUGCCUUUCCUUCUAUUUCGGGUCUUCCUUUUCCGUGGCUCCACCUGUUUUUUUCUCGGCUGUCCGUUUCCCGUUUUCUUUCUCGGUGUGCUCGGGAUCCGCUUGAUGUUUGGGUGAUCGAGGUGUAUAUAUAGAGGUUGCAGAGGGAUCAUUAGAAGCCGUGGGAACAAAAAAGGUUGAAUUUUAAAUGAGUUUCGACGGCUUAUUCGACUCCGGCGGCUCCGGCGCUCUGCCUCCUUACUCCUCCGGAGGCGUACAGCAGACGCGGUUUCUCUCAAAUCCAGUAUUCAGUACCCCCGGCCUCUCACUCGGCCUGCAAAUGAACACCGCCGGACAGGGGGAUAUGAGUAGAUUAGGAGUUUUUACCGGCGGCGUUGGAGAUGUUGAGGCGAUUGUUAAGAGCAGGGAGGAGGAGAAUGAGAGCAGGUCGGGCGGGAGUGACAACCUCGAAGGCGGCUCCGGAGACGAUAUUGAUCAAGAGAAUCCUCGCAAGAAGAAAAGAUACCACCGCCACACUCCACAACAAAUCCAAGAGCUCGAAGCUCUCUUUAAGGAGUGCCCUCACCCGGAUGAAAAGCAGCGGAUGGAGCUGAGCAAGCGUCUCAAUCUCGACCCACGCCAGGUCAAAUUCUGGUUCCAGAAUCGCCGCACACAGAUGAAGACACAGAUUGAACGGCACGAGAACUCGAUUCUCCGUUCAGAAAACGAUAAGCUUCGCGCCGAGAACCUGACCAUCAGGGAAGCGAUGCGCAGCCCGGUAUGCGGGUCCUGCGGCAGUCCGGCGAUGCUCGGAGAGGUUUCGCUUGAAGAACAACAACUCCGGAUCGAAAACGCGCGCCUCAAAGACGAGCUCGACCGCGUGUGCGCGCUCGCUUCCCGAUUCCUCGGCCGGCCAAUGUCCGCACUUUCAUCUCCUUUUUCUGCGUCACCGCUCGAACUGGGCGUUGGCUUCACUGGGCUGGCGGCAAUGGUCGGUGGGGAUUACACAGCUGGAAGCUCCAUGCCUCAGCCACCACGUGCCGUGCUUGCGGGCUCCGAGAGAUCCUUGUUGCUCGAACUUGCGUUGGCAGCAAUGGAUGAACUCGUUAAGUUGGCGCAAGUAGAUUCUCCCUUUUGGAUUCCAAACAUCGACGGUCGGGGAGAGGUUCUCAACUUGGAAGAAUAUACAAGAGCUUUGCCCCGUUGUGUCGCACCGAAGCCGGCAGAUUUCUUCUCGGAGGCCACAAGAGAUACUGCAAUCGUUCUCAUCGAUGGCAUGAUCCUCGUUGACACCUUCAUGGAUGCGAACCGGUGGGCGAAAAUGUUCCCAUGCGUCGUAGCGAAAGCGGCUACCAUUGACAUCAUAUCCAGCGGGAUGGGCGGGACUCGAAACGGCGCGUUUCAACUGAUGCAAGCGGAGCUACAAGUGCUGACGCCGCUUGUGCCGGUGAGGGCGGUGAGCUUCCUGAGGUUCUGCAAGCAGCAUGCGGAGGGCGUGUGGGCAGUGGUGGACGUUUCCGUGGACGGCAUACGCGAGAGCCUGGCUGCUUCCGGCUCUCACAUGAGCUGCCGGCGACUUCCGUCGGGCUAUUUGGUGCAAGCAAUGCCCAGCGGCUACUCCAAGGUCACAUGGAUUGAACACGCGGAAUACGACGAAACAGCUGUGCACCAGCUCUACCGUCCUCCGCUGCGAGCUGGUAUCUGCCUCGGCGCGCGUCGUUGGAUCUCCGCUCUCCAGCGCCAGUCUGAAUACCUCGCCAUUAUGUCCGCCACUUCUCCCCCGCCCAGCGACAACCCCGCGAUAACGGUUGCUGGGAAAAGAAGCAUGAUGCGGCUGGCUGGAAGGAUGACGGAAAACUUCUGCGCGGGUGUGUGCGCUUGGGCGGAGAGGAAAUGGAGGGAACUGCGUUCGGCAGAGGUUGGGGAGGAUAUGGUGCGGGUUAUGACAAGACAAAGUGUGGAUGAUCCAGGUGAGCCUCCAGGCGUUGUGCUUAGUGCGGCGACCUCGGUGUGGCUGCCGAUGGUUUCUGCGCAGCGAUUGUUUGAGUUCUUGAGGGACGAGCAGCUGCGGCGCGAGUGGGACAUUCUUUCAAAUGGCGGCCCGAUGCAGGAGGUAGCCCAUAUAGCAAAGGGUCACGACCGCGGGAACUCCGUCUCCCUCCUCCGCGCCACGGUUCCCGCCGCCGCUUCGGCUAUGGAUGCCAAUGGAAAUCAGAAACAAGAAGAAGAAAGCAUGUUGAUACUGCAAGAAACAAGCACAGACGCUGCAGGAUCAUUGGUGGUUUAUGCCCCCGUGGACGCACCAGCCAUUAACCUCGUCAUGAACGGUGGCGAUUCGUCCUAUGUUGCCCUCCUCCCCUCCGGCUUCUCGAUUCUCCCUGAUGGUAGUGGCGGCUCCGGCAACGUCGGAGGGUCCCUACUCACCGUAGCCUUCCAGAUUCUUGUCAGCACGCUCUCGACCGCCGAACUCACCGUGCAAUCGGUCGACACAGUCAAAAGCCUAAUCUCAUGUACUGUACUCAAAAUCAAGUCCGCCCUUACUUGCUGAAGCAGCCAGCCAUGCUAGCUCAUAUUUUUGGAUUAUAUAUUAUAUAUCUACAUUUCUUUAUAUAUUUAUAAAGCGAGAGAGACAGAAAAAAGAAAAAAAGAGAGAAAAGCGUUGUUAAUCAGCCAAAUAGACUUUUUUAAAUUUCUUUAAUAACUUGGGAGAUGAAAUAGUUGUGGUUUGCGUCGUUGCCAUGCGCAAUGCGGUCGGGUUCGAGUCAAGAACGAACCUCGCGUCAGGUGAGAGAGAAGCACCGAUCAGCGGUGGCGGUUCGGGCAUUGACUCGCUUUCCAUGUGCCAUGUGUUGUAGAUUUUAAUAUCUCGGUAAAUUCUAUGAAUGGACUGAGGAGAAUAUUGAACUGUUGUAGUUUAUGAUUUUAUUGUCAUCAUGCUGAUGUUGUUUCUAAUGUUAUCAACUGUUUCUGGCUACAAUGUUAUAAUGUUUU